AUGGCAGUGGUAGUGGCAAGUAGAUUCAGAUGUCUCAAUGCAUCUCCUUUGCGUCAAGUCACUCGUACUUUUCUCUCUUCGCCCUCAACAAUUUCCAGAAGCCUUGCCACCGAAGCAGCGAGCUCCGAGCCUACCACAACCACGCCUGCGCCCAAGAGACGUCCUACAUACUUCAAAGAUGGAGCAAAUUCCAUUCCCUCCUUCUCCGAAUUUGUUGGUGCCGAAGACGAGCCAUUGUCCCAUCACGAUGCGCUCGAGUUGAGAACCGCCAUGGUAGGACCAGCGGGGAGGAAGAGGCAGAUUACUAGAUUGCCCGAGUGGCUCAAGACCCCAAUACCCAACGACUCCAAUUACAAGCAGAUAAAGAAGGACUUGCGCGGCUUGAAUCUACAUACUGUCUGCGAAGAGGCGAGAUGUCCAAAUAUAUCGGAUUGCUGGGGCGGAGGUGAGAAAAGUGCGGCAACAGCGACAAUCAUGUUAAUGGGGGAUACAUGCACGAGAGGAUGUCGAUUCUGCAGUGUCAAGACCUCCAAGACUCCCGCACCACUGGAUCCACACGAGCCAGAACAUACAGCGGAGGCGUUGGCGAGAUGGGGAUUGGGUUAUGUUGUUUUAACCUCUGUAGAUCGAGAUGAUCUUGCGGAUGGAGGUGCAAGACAUUUCACCGAGACGAUCAUGAAAAUUAAGCAAAAGAAUUCUUCUAUUUUGGUGGAAGCCCUUACUGGUGAUUAUGGAGGAGACCUUGAGAUGGUAGCUAUGGUUGCUCGAAGUGGAUUGGACGUCUACGCGCAUAACAUGGAGACUGUGGAAGAAUUGACUCCGUUUGUGAGAGAUAGAAGGGCCAAGUUUAGACAGAGUCUGGCAGUCUUGGAUGCUGCGAAGAAAGCUGUUCCAACUUUGAUUACUAAAACUAGUAUUAUGUUGGGUCUUGGAGAGACCGAGGACCAGCUAUGGGCAACCCUGAAAGGCACGUUUUUUCUCUUUACAACACACGGUCCGAUCAAGUACUAAUUUCAUACAGAACUCCGAAAGGUUGGUGUUGAUGUCGUGACCUUCGGGCAAUACAUGCGCCCAACAAAAAGACACAUGAAAGUCGAGGAAUACAUUACUCCGGCAGCCUUUGAUCUGUGGCACGACCGCGCGCUAGAGAUGGGAUUUCUAUACUGCGCAAGCGGUCCCUUGGUUAGGAGCUCGUAUAAAGCGGGGGAAGCAUUCAUUGAGAAGGUUUUGAAGAAGCGAAGGGAGCCAACAAUUCUUUCGGACGAAGCUACCGGAAGACAAAAGGCCGUGUUGUAA